AUGCUGUCUAACAACAAUGUCCCCCGACGUGCCUUUGGCGAUGUCAGCAACACGAAAGAUCUCAAUCGUGGCGUCCGUGACGACUCUGCGGUGUGUGGAAAGUCAACCGUCGUGACCGAGAGCAAAGCUGGUCUCUCUCAGCCUGCUCAGCGCCCAAUGUCUUUGUCAAGCGCCAGAACCUCUAUCGACAAAGCCGCCACCACGAAGCCCAUGAACCCCGCUGGAAAAGCCCAGACUGCCAACAAGGCUACGAAGCGCAACAACGCCGUAUUCAAAGACCAACUGCAAACUGUCCCCGAGACAGACUCAUCCAAGGAAACAAAUAUCAAAAACGAGGCCAAGGCCAACGUGAAGGAAGCUGAGCGCGGGAUUCAGCCAACAAACAUCGCUGUGGUGCCAUCAAAGGCAACUGUGACUAGCUCUGCUCAUGUGGAGUCAGAUGCGACAAUCUCCGAGCCGGAGGACGUGAAGGAGCAGGUGCGCCCCAAGGAGCCUGUGUCGGUAUCAGAGCCCGAAGAGUGGGACGAAGAGGACACUGAGUACCAGGCUGCACUCACCGAAGUAACCACUAUCGAACUCUACCCCAGAAUGAACUCCACCACCCACAAUCAGAUGUUCCAGGCCAAGGACAUUGUUGAAAGUGAACAGACGGAAGAGGAUCGGGAGGAGGACCUUCUGGAUACAACUAUGGUGGCUGAAUACAGUGAUGAGAUUUUCCUCCAUCUCAGAAACAAAGAGAUCCAAAUGCUCCCAAUCGCUGACUACAUGGACAACCAAGCGGAGAUCCAGUGGUCGAUGCGUUCGGUUCUGAUGGACUGGCUUGUUCAAGUUCACCAGCGCUUCAAUCUCCUUCCGGAGACUCUGUUCCUUACUGUGAAUUACAUCGACCGGUUCCUGUCUCACAAAAUUGUCUCUCUUGGCAAAUUGCAGUUAGUGGGAGCAACUGCAAUUUUCAUUGCUGCCAAGUUCGAGGAAAUUACAGCCCCCUCUGUGCAGGAGAUUGUGUACAUGGUCGAUGGCGGCUACACUGUGGAUGAAAUUUUGAAGGCUGAGCGGUUCAUGCUUACCAUCCUGGACUUUGAUCUAGGAUGGCCAGGUCCCAUGAGUUUCUUGCGACGCAUCAGCAAAGCUGAUGAGUAUGACCUGGAGACCCGUACUGUUGCCAAGUACUUCCUCGAGUUGGCCAUCAUGGAUGAACGCUUUGUUUGCAGCCCACCCAGCUUUGUCGCAGCUGGUGCUCACUGCCUGGCCCGCAUGCUUCUCAACAAGGGCAACUGGACACCGGCCCAUGCUUUCUACAGCGGAUACCUCUAUGCUCAACUUGUACCAGUGCUCAGAACCAUGAUGGAUUGCUGUGAAAAUCCACGUCGACACCACGCAGCUAUUUUCGAGAAGUACGCCGAUCGCCGCUUCAAGCGAGCUUCCAUCUUCGUUGAAAAUGAGCUAGCAACCGACUUUGCUCUGCCAAAGAUUGCUGAUCUUCGGGAUCCCGAUCGCUUGGAUGGACUGGCCAACUAUUAA